AUGGUGCAAGCUAGGAAGAUCAAGUACGUAUUCAUCCGAGUGACCGAGACGAGAAGGCAUCGCCCGCUGCACGCUGUAUUUGAGACUGGAGAAGAAUUGCCCUUUGGAACAUGUGACAGCACAGGCGUCAGAGGCGUAGGUGUCCUCGUCAAUACGCACUUGGCCAUGAACAUCGAUCCGUACGAAAGCUCACAACCCGAAUCGGACGUUUGCGAUCAAGAAAAUGUGGCUCAACCCCUGCUCUAA